AUGGGUCCCGCCAAAGUCUUGCAAGCCAUUACCUCGGCCACGGCCAUUCUAGCCACUGCAUCCCCUGCAAGAGGCGGUUUGGUCGUCGACACUGCGCCAACCACUCCUCAACCCUACGUCCUUCCAAACCUGAAAGGCGCCGCAGUCGAUUUUGGUGGUCUCAUCAUCCGAACACUCGUCCCAAACACCACCUCAUGCGGAAGCCUCUCGAUUGUUGGCGUCAACUCUGGCCCGGCCCCGCUCAAUCUAAUCCACUACCACAAGGAAGUUGAAGCCUUCUACGUUCUCAAGGGUGGUGUCCAGGUGUUUCACAACUCGGACCAAGGUCGUCAAGUUCAAGCCAAUGAUUUCGUUCUUCUCGCGCCCGGAAACAACCACACCUACCGUCCAAAUGACCUUGACUUCCAGCUGAGCCUCUGCAUGGCUCCAGGUGGCAUUGACGAGUUCUUCGCGGCUACCGGUGUGCCCUAUGCAUCCUCUGCGCCAUUCAACCCUGAGGAUCAGUCUGAGUUGAAUGUCACAAAGGUUUUGAGCUUGAUGCCCAAAUACAACAUCGUCCCCGAGCCAUACAAUACCAUCAACGUCGACUGGGUCAACGGCACCACUACGGAUGGGUUGGAUACCUGGCACGUCGCAGAUCAAACCUUGCCUACCGAUCCGUCAAAGCCGUACUUCAUAUCCAGCAACCGCGGGCCUAAAUACCUGCAACACGGCUCCGGCAAAGUGAUCGCUCAGCUUGCCAGCGGCAAGCAAACAAACAAUACGCUCAGCAUGGCGACCAUCACCAUGAAGCCCAACAAGCCAUCAGCGCAGAUCAAAUUCAACACCGAUCAAGCCCUGCAAGUCACUGAGGGCCAGCUUCAUAUCCAGGUUGGCAACGAGACCGCGCAACUGAUCUUUGGUGAUUUGGCCUUCAUUCCCAGAGGCACCCCCUUCAGAUAUUGGUCUACCGUCGGUUUUACCAAAUUCAUUAACUGGUCCGGGGGUCAAGGUUUAGCCGAUAGCCUCAUCGAACAGUCGCAGCAAUGGAACCAUGCCUCUUGGCCAGCUUGA